AUGGGGCAGUUUCGGUCCCAGUGCUCCAGCAGGAUGCUCGGAAACAGCAAGCUGAAAUGGCAGGGCGUCCUAGCAGGGCAGGGGUGUGGGAUCCAGCAGCAGCAGAACAAAGUAGCUCCUGGCUGGGCUAUGACGAUGGUAGCAGUGACCCGCCUCCUCCGUAGCCAAGAGGUGGUCAGGCAUCGGAACAGGUUGCCUAGGGAGGUAAUGGAGUCAUCAUUCCUGGAGGCGCUGGAUCAUACGGGUUCAGAGUUAGAGUGCUCAUCUUGGAUCGAACCAGUGGAUCCUACCCUAGUCCCGCGCGCUCACAGCUCCUCGGCCACGGAAGAAGCCCUUUGUUUCUCCGACCCGCACAUCCUCUCUCACCCGCGCUCGCCGUCCCACACGGCCUGGCUGGGGCUGCGCCGCCCGCGCAGGCGCAGAGAUGCCGCGCAAGCGCGGAGCUCCCCGGGCAGGCGGGCGGCGCUUCCCUGUGGCGGCUGCGGCCCGAGACAGCCGCGCGGGGAUCUGCGGAGCGGCCCAGCCCCCGCCCAGCCGGGCAUUGUUCCCGGCCCACGGCCGGCGAAGCUCAAUAUGAUGGCGGCCGAGGCCACGGGUGAGGAGAGCGGCUCGGGCUCUGUGGCCGGAACGGCGGGAGCCGCCGCCGCCGGGGACCUGGGGCACUGCCCCGCCUUGUGCCGGGGCCGGGCGCCAGAGCCGCAAGGCCCCUUCCUGGUCGGCGGCGGCCCCCCAGGCGGGCCGGCUUUGUGCUCGGUUCUGGGGCUGCUGGAGCUGGGCGCGGGGCCAGCCCCUCCGGCAUCCGCUGUGUCUGCCGAUCCCAGCUUCCCCUCGCUGCCGCCGCCCCCGUUAACCGGGGGGCUAGGGACCGUGGACGAGGGAGAUUCGCUGGACGGGCCGGAGUACGAGGAAGAGGAGGUGGCCAUUCCGCUUAACGCGCCCCCCACCAAUCAGUGGUAUCAUGGAAAACUUGACAGAACAAUUGCAGAAGAACGUCUUCGACAAGCAGGAAAACCUGGAAGUUACCUAAUUCGAGAGAGUGAUCGAAGGCCAGGUUCAUUUGUGCUUUCAUUCCUUAGUAAAACAAAUGUCAAUCAUUUUAGGAUUAUUGCCAUGUGUGGAGACUAUUACAUUGGUGGGCGUCGCUUUGCUUCACUCUCAGACCUGAUUGGUUAUUACAGUCAUGUAUCCUGCUUGCUGAAAGGGGAAAAGCUCUUAUUUCCAGUAGCACCUCCAGAGCCUGUGGAAGACAGAAGGAGAGUUCGAGCAAUUCUACCUUACACCAGAGUGCCAGAAACUGAUGAAAUAAGUUUCCUUAAAGGAGACAUGUUUAUUGUCCAUAACGAAUUGGAAGAUGGCUGGAUGUGGGUUACAAACCUACGGACGGAUGAACAAGGUCUUAUUGUGGAAGACCUGGUAGAAGAAGUGGGAAGAGAAGAAGAUCCUCAUGAAGGCAAAAUAUGGUUCCAUGGGAAGAUCUCCAAACAAGAAGCUUACAAUUUGCUGAUGACAGUUGGUCAGGUGUGCAGUUUUCUUGUAAGGCCUUCAGAUAAUACCCCUGGUGAUUAUUCACUUUAUUUCCGGACCAGUGAAAAUAUUCAGCGUUUUAAAAUAUGUCCAACAUCAAACAAUCAAUUUAUGAUGGGAGGCAGAUACUAUAAUAGUAUUGCUGACAUCAUUGAGCACUACAGAAAAGAGCAGAUUGUUGAAGGAUAUUACUUAAAAGAUCCUGUUCCAAUGCAGCACCAAGAACAAGUCCUUAAUGAUACAGUGGAUGGAAAAGAAAUCUACAAUACAAUUCGUCGGAAAACAAAGGAUGCUUUUUAUAAAAAUAUUAUUAAAAAAGGUUAUCUUCUGAAAAAAAGUAAAGGAAAGAGAUGGAAAAACUUAUACUUUAUAUUAGAGGGAAAUGAUGCCCAGCUUAUUUAUUUCGAAAGUGAAAAACGAGCCACAAAACCCAAAGGACUAAUAGACCUCAGCGUGUGUUCUGUCUAUGGAGUACAUGACAGUUUAUUUGGCAGGCCAAACUGUUUUCAGAUAGUAGUUCAGCACUUUAGUGAAGAGCAUUACAUCUUUUACUUUGCAGGUGAAACUCCAGAACAAGCACAGGACUGGAUGAAAGCUCUGCAGGUGUUCUGCAGUUUAAGAAAAACCAGUCCAGGAACAUCAAAUAAACGUCUGCGUCAGGUCAGCAGUCUCGUUUUGCAUGUAGAAGAAGCCCAUACGCUCCCAGUAAAGCAUUUUACAAAUCCAUAUUGUAACAUCUACCUGAACAGUGUCCAGGUAGCAAAAACACACAUCAGGGAAGGACAAAACCCUGUGUGGUCUGAAGAAUUUGUCUUUGAUGAUCUUUCAUCUGAUAUUAACAGAUUUGAGAUAAGUCUUAGUAACAAAACAAAGAAAAGUAAAGAUCCAGAUAUAUUGUUUAUGCGUUGCCAAUUAAGCCGAUUACAAAAAGGACAUGCAACAGAUGAGUGGUUUCAACUCAGUUCCCAUGUCCCAUUAAAGGGUAUUGAGCCAGGAUCUUUGCGUGUUCGAGCACGAUAUUCCAUGGAGAAGAUCAUGCCAGAAGAAGAGUACAGUGAGUUUAAAGAGCUUAUACUCCAGAAAGAACUUCAUGUAGUCUAUGCCUUAUCCCAUGUUUGUGGACAGGAUAGAACACUGUUGGCUGGCAUUUUACUGAAAAUUUUUCUUCAUGAAAAGCUUGAGUCCUUGUUGUUACGAACACUAAAUGACAGAGAGAUAAGCAUGGAAGAUGAAGCUACUACCUUGUUCCGUGCCACCACUUUAGCAAGCACACUUAUGGAGCAGUAUAUGAAAGCCACAGCAACAAGUUUUGUUCAUCAUGCGCUGAAAGACUCCAUAUUGAAGAUCAUGGAGAGCAAGCAGUCCUGUGAGUUAAAUCCCUCGAAGUUAGAAAAAAAUGAAGAUGUAAACACUAAUUUGGCACAUCUACUCAGUAUACUUUCAGAACUGGUGGAGAAGAUAUUCAUGGCUGCAGAAAUACUGCCCCCGACAUUGAGGUAUAUUUAUGGGUGCCUACAGAAGUCUGUUCAAAACAAAUGGCCAGCUAAUACUACCAUGAGAACCAGAGUUGUUAGUGGCUUUGUUUUUCUUCGACUGAUUUGUCCUGCUAUCCUGAACCCAAGGAUGUUUAAUAUCAUCUCAGAUUCUCCUUCCCCCACUGCUGCAAGAACACUGACGCUGGUUGCCAAGUCUGUGCAGAAUUUAGCAAAUCUGGUUGAAUUUGGAGCUAAGGAGCCAUAUAUGGAAGGGGUAAAUCCAUUCAUCAAGAGCAACAAACAUCGCAUGAUCAUGUUCUUGGACGAACUUGGGAAUGUUCCUGAGCUUCCAGACACUGCAGAGCACUCUCGAACUGACCUCUCCCGUGACCUGGCAGCCUUGCAUGAGAUCUGUGUAGCACACUCGGAUGAGCUCCGAACACUAAGCAAUGAGCGAGGGGUGAUGCAGCACGUUCUUAAGAAGCUUUUGGCCAUUACUGAACUGCUACAACAAAAACAAAAUCAGUAUUCAGUGUCCAACAACGUCAGGUAGCAGCUCUCUACCUGAAUUCUGCAUGGAUCCAGCAUGCCCAACAUGGCAACUCUGACCAGUAUCACUUUCUUCUUGCUCUUGCCAAAAAUAGCACACUCUGUCACAUUCUCAGUGAUGUGUGAACUAUGCAAAA